AGGAGAAAUGCGUUCAAAAAUUAAGGGAACAUUUUCAAGUUUUUUGGUAAGGAUUAUUGCUUUUUCAACAUGGUCUAGCAAAUCUGAUUUUCGAUUAAGAAAGAAACUUCGUACAACAAAGUUAAACAGUAAGAAGCCUGUUUACCUGCCGAAUGUUGCUGUUGUUUGGAGUGAAUCUGAGAUGUUAUGAAUACUGAUGGGGGCUGUUGUCGUUUUGAUUCAACCUUUAAUAAAAAGGAACAGCCAUGCUGAACGUAAACCUUUACUAUAAACUAGCAAUACAGAACCUUACUAGUUUCGAAAUACAAGCACAUAAUUGCACAAAAAGUACAAGAAGGUUAUUUGUGAAAUCAAUUUCGUAAUUUGCAAAAGAAACGAUAUUCGUAUUAACAUCCCAAAUCUUAUAAGGUAGCGCAAUGCCGCAAGCGAAAAAUGUAAGUUAGGAAAAACCAAUCGCCAAUUUGGACCACAUUUUAAUUCAAAAAUUCGGUCUAAAAGCUUUUAUCUGUUGAAGGGUUCUUUGCUGAAAUAGCAGUUGAAAAAACAAAAGAUUGACGUUCUCCUGUGUAGGUUUUAAAAGCGUUAAUUCAUGAAUCGGAGGAUCCAAGCAAAAAUAAUGAAGGUAUCUUGAAAAUUUCGCGAGGGUUACACCCGGUAUACCACUAAGCCAAGAUGAGAUUAUUCUUCAAAAUUUAACUCUCAGAUGCUUAAAAAUCUGCCUAUUUUUGGAGAAAAAUUUCGAGCAAAGCAAAAAAGGCCUAGACAAUCAGCGAUCAAAUAUUUAUCAGCAUGGGAAAUGGUAGGCUUGGAACAUUGAAAGACAUAAGUUUUCUAACUGCACCGGUUAAAGAGAAGAAAGGAAAGGGGGUGCUAGAGACGUAUUUUGAUGAUUAAAAUCCUCUCACACAGUCAACAAUUAAUAUAUAGUGGGCAAAAACAUCAUAAUGUAGAAGCAACUGGUGAGUAAUUGAAUUGUCGUUGAAUGGAAGAGAAAAAUCUGCUACCGACAUCAUUCUUAUAAAUCCUUCAGAAACAGUAACUCCUGACAGAUGGUUAAAAGCAGCAAACAUCAAGAUUUUCUUGAAUCCUUCAAAACAAUCAAACAGAUGGCAAAAAGGAAGAAUCAUUUAGCGAGUGCAGGUUGAAUGUUCGUUUUCCUGCUGAGUCUAAGCAUAUAAGCAAGAACCAAAAAAAGGUUCAUAAAAAGUGUCACGUUUGUCCAAGUUGAAUAUCGAUUGUGGAUACUGCGAUGAGUCUGGAAAUAGAGCAAAAUAAGAAGGUUUAACAAAAACAGGCUUGUGUGAAGACUGUUGAGAUGGUCAUGAAAAUGGUAAGAGCUUUUUGCGAUGCUGCUACCCUCUAGCAACACCUGCAAAAAUUGUGUCGUCCGACUAAAAACAAACAAACAAAACUUGAACGAAGGAAUGUAGCAAUUACGCCAGCCGUGGCAAUUACUAUGUGAACGAUUAAUCAAGCAGCUGAGAACUUAUAUAAGUAAGUAGAAAAUCUUCAUCGACAAAACUUUGGCAUCAGUGACGUGUUUGUGACAGACACAAAUACACAAACACAAGAGACACACAUCAUUUUAUACUCCAUCAUUAAAAAGUUGCUUGAGAUGGCAAAAAAAUCAAUUGUGUUUAACAUAUAAGUUACUCUAUUGAUUAGUUAAUCUAUUGAUUGCAACUUGAGUGCCAAAAAUACGUUAUCUUGGCUGCCAAGUAAAUCACUCUGGAUAUGUAAGGAGAAUUUUAUUAAACUACAAUUAUUUUAUCAAGAGGUCACGCAAGGAAGGGAGGUUUAGCAAUCUGAAGAGCAAAUUGCAGGAGAACAAGAACAAUGUCAGGAAACUCGAGCGAGAUGGUUUUCAAGAUGCAUCUAGAGUGUUCAGAAAUCGAAAGCAUAUAUAAAGAUCCGAUGUGGAGUAUUCAGACCAAUGCGAUUAUCGUCGGCGUGUUAAGUAGCUUUCUCGCUAUAACAGCAACGGCAGGAAAUUUGAUAAUCCUUAUCAUGUUUAUACGAACUCCAUCACUACAUAACCCUUCUAAUACUCUCAUUGGAAGCCUUUGCUUGUGUGAUUUGUUGAUAGGAAGCAUUUUUCAGCCAAUUUUUAUAAUCAAGUACUUCUUGGAAGCCGCUGAUGUAUACGUUUGUACAUUGACGAACAUCACCGAAUAUUCCUUUUCGACUUCCAGUAGCAUAGCACUGUUAACAAUCACAUUAAUAAGUAUAGAUCGCUAUAUCGCAGUAUGUUGGCCAUUUAUCUACCAAGUUCGAGCUGAAAGUGUUAAAUAUCUGAAGAUAUUGGCUGUUAUAUGGGUGGUAAUUUUCGUAUUUUUCUUACUGGGUUACCAAGGAGUAAUCAAAUUGGAUUACAUUUUCAUGACAGCAGCAAUUUUCUGUGUUCUGAGCAUAGUUCUAACGAUAGCAUGUUACAUAGCCAUUUAUUGUGCGGUCCUGUAUCAAAGAAGAGGAGUUGCAGCAGAGAUACCGGCACCCCUUGAAGGGGAUGAGCCAGUCAGUGCAGUGCCAAAACAAAAAGAAGAGCGAUCCAAGUCACUGACGAUUGGACUGAUCGUGAUCGCUCUAUUUGUGUGCUUUCUGCCACACUGGUUGGCCUCUGUAACUCUUACACAGCUGGGUAUCAACCCACCAAUCAGAUACCUGUAUCAAAUGUGGUGCUCUUUGGUUGCCUUUGCUAAUUCAACAUUGAACCCGAUUAUAUACAUAUAUAGAAACAAGACGUUGAAAGAAAGUACCAAGGAGAUUCUUAGAAAAGGCUUGCUAAGAAGGCGCAAUUUAGUUACCAAUCUACAGCAGUAAUGAAGUAAGGGUACUUGAGGUUCUUGGAAAAGCAAACGCGGAAGAAAAUAAAGGAAAAAAUAAGAUAUAAAAUAAUGAAAUGUAAAUAGAGCUAAAAAUUAGAGAAAUAUUGAAGCACUGACAGACAUAAAACAGGAAAGAAAGAUCCUAUAACAAAAUAUUUGGCCAAUGUAGCUGAAUCGGAAUAUGUCAGUAAUCAGGUUCAAAUCUUGGUUGUCUGACUAUGGUAAAUUUAUAGCUCUAGGUUGCAUUGCAAAAGCCUAUAUACUACCUAAACAUAAGCGAGGGAAGAUUUAUAUAUGAAAAUGUUUCACAACUAACUAGGUCACGUUAACAUUAACGUACGCUGUAAGUUAACUCUGCAAUUGACGGCAGAAUAUAAAUAAUUGAAUAUGCAUGUAAAUAAUAUGCUUUAAGAUAUAUUGCGAUUGUAGUAGAAAUGCAGGGAGGAAAAGCAUCUUCCUUACGUCAAACGGAAAUUUUAUUCUACAAUCAACACAAAACUGCAGGCACCGCAGAACGAUAAGAAAAGUGAGGGGUCUAAAAAGUGGGGGGGGGGGCUAAAACCAAAUAAAAACAGGCCUGACUGAUGGUUCAUUUCUUAACACUUUGCAUUUUUGGCAAAGCCCCCCAGCUCCCCUUCUCCGCGGUGCCUGUAUUGGUAGUACGUGUAAUUUGGUUUUCUCAAGUGUAACUCUCCGUAAGGAAUCGAAGGCUCUUGGCUGAACGUUUACGGAACUUUGAUAAGGGCUGAUAAGUUUUGGUGUGGAAUGUUGAUAAGGGCUUUAGAAAACCUUGACCAAACCAACUAAGCCUUUGAUUGAGACGCAUCACACUGUAAAUGAUGACACAGCUAACGUUUAGCUUGUUUGGCAGGACAGUUAGACUUGUUUGAUUUAUAAAGGUUCAAUAGAAUAUCAAACUUUUCCACUGCUGUGGGUGAGUUUGAGCGCUGCUCGGUGAAAUGGUGUAUCGAAAAAAAUCUGGCCAUGUCAAGGAACAGCAAUACGAGAUUGAAUAAAUGCGAUGAAGAGUUUUGCAUAUGACCAAUCAUUGGCUGGGGUGGGGGGGGGGUUGAGGGUCUGUACUACAUAUGCAUGCUAAACUUCAUGUAUGUAGAUAUUAUUCUGUAUUCAGGGUGAUAAACUAAGCCAGAAAAUAGGGGAUUGAGACUGUGACGUCAUAAAACACCCGCAAAAGACAUGAGAUCGUUAUGAGGAAAAAUCAUAGAUAUAAGGAAUAAAUCUUUACCAAUUGUUAUUGUACUUUUUUGCAAUGUGACUGGCUUUCGGGAGGGGGGGGGUGUACAUUAACAUGUUUGAAGGUACGGGGACCUUCCAUUAUUUAGGGGUACCUUUUUUCUAAAAAGUGCGGAAUUAUCGGUAUCAGUUUUUGAAAUUUGUGCGGAACUAUGGGUACCAUUUGAAGAAACAUGCAGAAUUAUGGGUGUAGUUUUCAUCAUGUUUGCGGAAUUAUGAGUCACAUUCUUUCAGACAUUUGCGGAAUUAUGGGUCCAAAAUUUUAACCAAAAUGGCACGUCCCCGUCCAAAAUUAGGCAUAGUUUACCCCCGAGGGCUGGCUUCUUCUGGCCUUUUUAACUUAUGCGCCAGCUUUCUUUCGAUUUGAAACUGGGGGCCUUGGACAAUAGCAGCGCUAAAGGGGACAACUGGGGAAACACGUCCUCGGAUCAAUAUUUUAAUUUGGUAAUAUUCUGGCGACGUACUUUUUGUGACGUAAUCCUAUGAUUUUCAAACUGCCUUUGCGUAACGAAAAGUUAGACGUGGUCAUUUCCUUAAAUUGGCCUUCCUUGUUGGUAAAAGGAUGUUUCUGGCGGUAAAAGGAGGUAGCCCAGAAACUCUGCUUUGUCCCCAGAGCCUAGCUGCUGGCGCCCCCACUUAUUUGGGGUUGCAAUUAGGUGACAGGAGGAUCUUUGUAUGUGUUCAGUAAGAGCCUACCUGUUUUAUUUCUAACAAAUCAGGAAGAUCCAGUUGCUUGUAAACGUGCAGACGAUAUUCAUCAGCUUGUAACUGGAAUAUAAAUAAUAAUCGUUAGAUUGACGUAACAAUAAACAUAUUAUUCAAUAAAGGCAACAAAAGCCAACUGUAUUUGAUACUAAAAUUAAGAGUACCCUUUUAUUUCAGAAAGAGGACUGGUGUAGAAUAACAACGACGAACCAUUAUUUGCUUUUGCUGCUGUUCUUGUUAUUGUUUUGUUGUUUCUAAAAAGUCGUAUAGCCACGUUUAAAGGCAGCCUGUCCCCUCCUUGAUUGGCUAAUUCAAGAGGGUCUUCUUCUGCCUUUUUAGUAUCCGUCAUUAAGUAUAUUGGGUGAACACGACAAAAUAUUGCCUAAUCUUAAUAUCAUCGUAUCUGACUUAGGCAUUUGAUACCAAAACAAAAUUAACAGCAACUCGCUCAGUGAAAGUACA